AUGCUAAACUACACAUGGAUAGCAGUAGACACUAUAUGCAAGAAUAUUGAGAGAAGAAAUGCUGCUCCAGACCAGAUGGGUUGGAGAGAACACAGCAACCAAGAGGAUGGGAAGACAAAGAUCGAUCAAGAGGAAGAGAAGGUAGAGGAUGGAGCUGUCAAGUCACUGUGCACUACAUUUCCAAAGAAAACCUACACUAAGAAUAUCUCUACUAUGAGUCGCUUACAUUGCACACUUAUACAUAUCCUGUCUCGCAUUCAAGUCAUUGGCAUUGUAUGGUAUUUUUCCCAAAGGGAAGAUACUGACUCCCAUUGCUUGGAAGCCUUGGUUACAGUUUACAGCCAUCAUAGUCAGGAGGCAAAAACUUCAACUGAGGACUUGAGGAAUAAGAAGGAAGGAAAAUACAUUGAACUCAAAGUCAUUGGACAGUAUAUGUAGAAGAAAACAUCUGUAAUUCGCUUAAAAGUGAAAGCAACAACACAUCUCAAGAAACUCAAAGAAUCAGACUGUCAAAGACAGAGAGAUCCAAUGAACUCACUUAGGUUUCUCUUUGAAGUUCAGAGAAUUGCUGAUAAUCAUACUCCAAAAGAACUAGGAAUGGAGGAAGAAGAUGUGAUUGAAGUUUAUCAGGAACAAACAGGGGUACUGGUCCAGGUAUACAAACUCCUUACUGUCAUUCUAAUACUGCAUUCAUUUCUAAUCAACACAGCACCACAUCAGUCACAACAGCAAUUUGUUACCAUCACUACACCUGGGCCUCACACCAAAAAGGAAGUAGAAGCCUUCGUGUUCAAGGCAGGAAACAUGGGACUAGAUCAGACUUAA